GUUACAGUAAGUUGGUCACAGACAAACCAUUGGCCAUUGGAUGUUCACUCACCCACACCAUGGACACAGCUACAUCAUCGUACAUCCCCCUAGCCGAGCGUAGCAUAUGGUCCGACGUUGAGCCUAUACCUCAAGAUGACGCACCUGAUGCUCUUGUUCCCAUCAUGUACUCUCAAGAGUACAAAGAUGCUAUGGACUACUUCCGAGCGGUAUCAGCUCGUAAAGAAUACUCUGACAGAGCUCUCGAAUUGACCGAGUCGAUUCUACGUAUGAACGCUUCACAUUAUACCGUCUGCGGACAUCGCAUGACUACCUUACUGGUUUUGAAAAAAGAACUUAACGAAGAGUUGGAAUUGAUGAAUUCGUUUGCUCGAGAGAAUCUGAAGAGUUAUCAAGUUUGGCAUCAUCGUCUUUUACUUUUGACUCAUAUAUCUCCCGAACACCCAACAGAGGAGAUAGAUUACAUCCACGAAUCCCUUUUACCCGAUGCGAAGAAUUACCAUACUUGGGCGUACCUCCAUUGGCUCUAUUCACAUUUCUCUUCCCUCGGUAGAAUAUCAGAAAAAGAAUGGUCAGAGGAAUUGAGAUGGUGUGAAGAGAUGAUCCGGGUUGAUGGAAGGAAUAAUAGUGCUUGGGGUUGGCGAUGGUUUUUGAGAAUAUCUAGACCUGGUGCAGAGGGUAUUAAAGAUGAUGGGAAAGAAGAGAUUGAAUAUACACUACGUGCGAUUCAUAGGAUACCUCACAAUGUAUCCGCAUGGAAUUAUUUACGAGGAUCAUUGAAAUAUCUCAAAAAGCCAUUGACACCACUUCUACCAGCUAUCUUACCUUACACUGAACGUGAAGAUGUGACCAUAACCGCUAAGGAAGAGACGAGUUUACCAAUGCCUUCAAAUCCAUUACCCCGAGACACACCUUUGCCCAUUUCAUACGCUCUGGAAUUUUUGGCCGAAUCGUAUCAGGAGCAAGGUUUGUCGAUAGAGGCGGCGGCGGUUUAUACGGAGCUGAGUGAAAAGUAUGAUAGGAUGAGAUCUGCUUAUUGGGCGUAUAGAGCGAAACGCUGUGUGGUGUAGGUAUGGUCGUCUAGCUGGAAAAUGGCGAAAAGUUUAUCAGGAAGAAGAGCUUUGUAAUCGCUGUAUCUGUAUGAGGAGCUUCAGGCAGCAUGCAAGCACUCUGAUCCUUU